AGUCACAAACAAGUAAUCAAAGCGUUAAGAACGCCAGUGAGAACAAUUUAAUAAAUUCCAUACAUUUAAAUUUUUUAUUAAAAGUAAACAAAAAGUUAUAAAUAUCAACUAAUAAAAUUAUCUUAAAGUGCCAAAUAUGUCCAAGUUAGGUGUAGCAACUUUAAAAAAUCCCAAUUUAGAUACAAUGAAAUCAGAUUUCUUGUAUCAUAUAGAUAUAAAUAUACCGGAUACUAGAGAUACAUCAGAUAUACAACAACGAUUUGGCGAUGUUAAGUUUGUUUGCAUGGGUGGUACUAAAAAUCGCAUGCUCGACUUGGCAAAAUAUUUGCGUGGCCUACUUGAACCGGAGAAUAAAACUGAAGAAUUUAUCGAUAUAAGUGCUGCCGGUAAUCGUUAUGCCAUCUUUAAGGUGGGUCCAGUUUUGUGUUGUUCUCACGGCGUGGGUAUGAGCACCAUGAGUGUGGUGUUACAUGAACUUUUAAAACUUGUGUAUUAUGCCAAAUGUCAGGAUCCUAUAUUUAUACGAUUAGGAACAAGUGGCGGUAUUGGUGUGGAACCCGGUACCGUCGUUAUCACUAAAGAUGCUUAUAAUGGUUACUUGAAAAAUGAACAUGAAAUUGCCAUUUUGGGCCAAAGAAUUGUGCGACCUGCCAAUUUUGACCCUACACUGGCUCAAGAACUUUUAGAAUGUUCGAAGGGAUCCUUUGACUAUAAUGUUGUUUUGGGCAAUACAAUGGGAGCAGAGUGUUUUUAUGAAGGUCAAGGACGUCUAGAUGGUUCCAGUUGUCAUUAUACUGAAAAUGAUAAAAUGGCAUUUAUUCAACAGUGUUACGAUAAGGGUAUACGUAAUAUUGAAAUGGAAGCCACUAUGUUUUCGUCUCUAACCAAACAUGUGGGUGUUAAGGCAGCCGAUAUCUGUGUUACACUAAUAAAUCGUUUUGAAGGAGAUCAGAUUAAAAUUACCAAAGAACAAAAACAUGAUUUCGAACAAAGACCUUUCAAUAUAGUGGGUGCUUAUAUACAAAAAGUGUUGGCGCAGCGCAAGUGAAAUCACAUUUAGUAUAAUUUUAUUUAAAAUAUUUUUAUUAAACAUAUUUUUUUUAAUUUUAAAAUAAAAUCGCUUUUUAAAGUU